GAUUGCUUGUCAAAAACAAGAUAUAGUACUAGGCCAUACUGCUACAUACGGUGAACAUCAUAAGUUGACAAUUCAGAAUCUUUGGACACGUUCGAGAACCACUUUUGUGUAACCAGAGCAUGCCAAGAACUUACUCAAUAACCGUCACACCCAUCUGAGCUACGCCGCAAACUUCUUCUAUGCGACAUACAGCUCAUAGGACUGGCCAUCGGAAAAUACUAUUCAAGAGAAGUAUGGCGUCAUCCACAUCGCAAACCGGUCUGCCGGACUUGUAUAGUCGUAUUGAAGAGCUAUCUGUGUCCGAUGAUGGGCAAAGACGCUCGCCCUACCCACCUAUUCCAGCACUCUAUACAUCUCGUCCUAUCAUCCAAGACUCCUUAUCGACAGAGAGCUCAGAAGUUCAAGAUGGUGUGAUCAGAGACUGUUUACCAUUUCUAGAGGGCAAUCCGAACAAGCAACCACUCAAUAGCAGAGGCAUCCAAGCGCUGCAGAGAGACAAUCAUGUGGAAUUCCUGAAAGACGCACUGGAAGACUAUCCAGCUGGGUUCGUUGCGGUGGACGCAAGUAGACCAUGGAUCUACUAUUGGUCACUCUCGGGACUGGCGAUGCUUGGUGAGAACCUGGAUAAAUACAGGCAACGGCUCAUUUCAAAUCUACUUGCAGCGCAGAAUUCUACGGGGGGGUUCGGUGGUGGGCAUGGUCAGUACUCACACGUCGCGGGUUCGUAUGCAGGCGUGUUGAGUCUGGCGAUCCUUGGGGGCAAGGAGUGCUACGACAUGAUCGACCGUAAAGCCAUGUGGGAGUUUUUAGGUAACAUGAAGCAGCGUGAUGGUGGCUUCACGGUGGCUCCAGGUGCUGAGGAGGAUAUUCGCGGUGCAUACUGUGCCAUGACGAUUGUGUCGCUGCUCAAUCUACCGCUCGAGCUACCCAAAGGGUCCCCCGCACGCGUUAACGGCGAUGAGACGUUCUUCACUGGUCUACCGGAAUGGAUAUCAAGGUGCCAAAGCUUUGAAGGCGGUAUAGGAGCCUCGCCCGGGAAUGAAGCACAUGGUGCUUAUGCUUUCUGCGCCUUGGCUUGCUUGAGUCUUAUUGGAGCACCGUAUGAGAUGAUACCCAAAUAUCUUGAUAUACACAGCCUGACGGCAUGGCUAUCGUCGCAGCAACACGCACCCGAAGGUGGAUUUGCUGGACGUACUAACAAGCUCGUGGAUGGCUGUUACAGUCAUUGGGUCGGUGGCUGCUGGUCAAUGCUUGAAUGUGCCAUAUGGGGACCGGAUACUCAUCCGAGAAAUGGUAAGGAAUUAUGGAGCAAGAAUGGCCUUGCCCGUUGGAUAUUGUGCUGUUGCCAGGGAAAAAAUGGUGGGCUCAGAGACAAGCCAAAAAAACAUCCGGAUGCAUAUCAUACCUGCUACAACCUAGCUGGUCUAUGCGCUGCUCAGUUUCAGUACGUCUAUAGGCCAUCUGAACUUAAUCCAUUCGCCAACGCUCCGUUGUCAGCAGCUUUCAGCUGGACCAUUCAAGAUUCGAAUAGCAAUGGCGUACUGGAAACCUGCCCGGCAACUGACGAGCAAUGGUGCUGGGACGAGAAGGAUCUGCUUAAGCCGGUCCAUCCAGUCUUUGUUAUUCCACUUGGGCAGGCCGAUAAAAUCAGAGGUUAUUUCGAGGCUAAAGGAGCGUUCUGAGCGAGACUGUAUCUCAAUUCACAAAUUCUCAGGGCGGGUGUAUCAAAAGCCCAUCCUACACAGACCUCCUGGAUACCAAUGUGCAUAUUGAGGUGCAAUACUACGCACGCUACGAUCCGCGGCUCUCUGGUGUUGCAUCCAUGUACAUCAUCAUCAUGCCCGACUGCUUUGGUCCAACGACCGCCUUCAAUGCUUUAUGUACUGCACACUCCUUGUCAUAGUAUUCGAAGUCUUCCAGCGAGGCAAAGGAUGUGUGUGCACAGAUGGAGAACCCCUGGUUGCGUGCUUCAGGAUAGGUCCGUUGGGCGUAAGCACGGAGUAUGUAGGGCUGGUCG